AUGAAAGUCCUAAAACUAAAUACAGGAGAAAAACUUGACUUUUUCACUGCAAAGUCGACUGUUACAUUGAUCAGCAGGUUUCGUCAAAACGAAUUAUCACCUAGUUCACCCACGACAAGAGUGAGCUGUUAUAUUCCUCUAAAACAAUUACAGAGAGCCCAUUUCCUUCUGUGUGAAGUGAGCCGAAACAUCGACAACUUUUACAGCAUACAAAAUCUCCUGCAGCUAAUUAGCUGCUUUGUGUGUACCGUAUCGUACACAUACGCGUUUGUGAUGAACGUUUUUAAGUUAAAGAUAUCAACAUCGAAAUACGCAGAGGACCACAUUGCAUUGUCGUGCUUUUUGUUGGUUAUAGUUAACAUCUGGUGGCUCGGCAGCAUUACAUACAGCAGUGAAGUGGUCAGACGAGAAUUUGGCAACACGGGGCGCCUGGUGAAGAAGCUGCUGCUGCUGCUGCCAACACCAGUGGACCGCAGCUGUCCUGCGGAACUUCAACUGUUCGCCCAGCAGCUGGCUGGGCGGUCUGUCAGCUACAGCGCAGCAGGGCUCUUCUCGCUGGACCUGUCAAUGGUGAAGCCAGCUGUGGCCACCGCCGCCACCUACCUCGUCGUUCUCGUCCAAUUUGGUUUGUCAGAUAUCAGCAAGCAGUCAAACAACGGGAGUAACUACCUUAAUGAGACUUCCAGAUAA